AGUCAUAUGACAGAGUCACACAUCACGUGAACUCUUAAGCUCGUUUCCUUAUCUGAUUAUUUACCACAUCAGCGCCAUCCACGCACAUUAGAACAGACUCUCGGGACGUGCAGGUUGAAGUUGAAGGACUUCAUGUGAAGGUCUUCAGUCUGAAGGAACUCUGAAGUCAGCCUACAGCAAAGAUGCAUGCGAGAGUGUGUAUGUUGGUGUGUAUGCUGAGUGUGUGCAGCGCUCUCAUCUGUCCUGAUGGAGGAAUGUGUGAUAAUGGAAACACCUGCUGUCAGACGUCAUGGGGUGGCUACGGAUGCUGCCCUCUGCCUAACGCUGAGUGUUGCUCAGACCACCUGCAUUGCUGUCAUGAAGGAACACUGUGUGACACUGAGCACGGCACGUGUGUGAACAAGACCCACAGUCUGGAGUGGGUGAGGAGAGUCAGUGCCAAACAGAUUACCUUACCUCAGGCAGUGGUGUGUCCUGACCAGGAGUCUGAAUGUCCUGAUGACACGACCUGCUGCCAGAUGCCUGAUGGGAUUUGGGGGUGCUGUCCAAUGCCCAACGCGGUGUGCUGUGAAGACAGAAGACACUGCUGUCCUGAGGGCACAAGCUGUGACAUUGCUCACUCGAGGUGUGUGUCGGCCGUGCGAGGCUCCAUCCCUCUCUUGAGAAAAUUCCCUGCAAUCCACAAAGAUGCAGCGGUGAAUAAGGGAUCUGUGAAGUUCCCAGGCAGUAACGAUGUGAUUUGUCCAGAUAAAGAGUCCACAUGCCCAGAUGACACAACCUGCUGCAAGCUAGCAAACGGCAGCUACGGCUGUUGCCCCAUGCCUAACGCUGUCUGUUGUGAGGAUUAUGUGCACUGCUGUCCUGAAGGAACGACCUGCGACCUUGAACACGGCGCCUGUGUCCUGGUCAGUGAGCUCAAUGCGAUGACUGUUGAGGCCACGCCCACUCUGCAUAUAAAGCCCACAGUUCCCGCCUUCCCACGUCCUUCACAGAAUAUCAACGACAAAUGUGACCCGACCUUUUCAUGCCCACAAGACACUACCUGCUGCAAGAUGGCUACCGGCGAUUGGGGCUGCUGUCCUCUACCACAAGCUGUGUGCUGUGAGGAUCAUCUACACUGCUGCCCUCACAACACGGUGUGUAACGUGCAAGCAGGGACGUGUGACAGUGUCUCAGAUUCGAGCUCGACCGUGCCCUGGGUCACCAAGAUACCCGCCGUGGCCGUAGUGCCUGAGAAUGAGCACUGUGAUGAGACCUCAGCGUGUCCAACAGGAACAACCUGCUGUAAACAGAAAUCAGGAACCUGGGCCUGCUGCCUGCUUCCACGGGCCGUUUGCUGUGAAGAUCACGAGCACUGCUGUCCUCAGGGCUACAAGUGUGACGUCUCUCACGAGUCCUGCGAACACCCUUUUCUACCCAGCAUGCCUUGGGUCAGAAAGCAUCCAGCGCUGAGUGUGACGCGUAGCUUCCUCUCUCACCCCAGUGCUAACGCCGAGUCAGGCUCGCAGCACGAACACAAAUGUGACGCACAGACCAGCUGCCCCAGAGGCAGCACCUGCUGCUUCAUGGCAAAACUCAGCCAGUGGGGUUGCUGCCCUCUGCCACAGGCUGUGUGUUGUGGCGACGGAGAUCACUGCUGUCCCAGCGGCUACACCUGCGAUAAGGAGAAACCCACCUGCACGAAGGGAAACCUGGAGCUUCCGUGGUUCAAGAAGCAGCCGGCCAUAAGCGUCACGAGCGACCUUGGGGACGUGAAGUGCGAUGACAACACCAGCUGUGCGGCUGGCACCACGUGCUGCAGAUUACGCACAAAAGCGUGGGGAUGCUGUCCGCUAGCCCAGGCGGUGUGUUGUGAAGACCACGAGCACUGCUGCCCUCACGACUACACCUGCGACCUGCAGAGCGGCACCUGCGUUAAACCUUCCACCACACACACCGUGGCUCUCGCACUCACGCGCGUGCUCUCUGACAAAAACGAAGAUGAGCCGAUGUGCGACGCCACAAGACGCUGUUCUAAGAGUCAGACCUGCUGUCGCUCGUCCGACUCCGAUUGGGCCUGCUGUCCGUUUGAGCAGGCGGUGUGUUGUGAGGACAUGAAGCACUGCUGCCCUAAGGGAUACGCCUGUGACCCUAAAAUACGUUGCACUAAAGUGUCUUCUCUCACAUGGUGGGACAAUUCACACAUCACUGUAGAGAAACGUCAUCACGCUACUAAUUAGCUUAAUCUUCUGCCCAUGUCGGGAUGAAGGACUGCACCGUGUGUGUGUGUGUGUGUUGUUUUUUUUUUUUUGCAGUUCUAUGUAUUUUUAAUAAGAUCAUUUUGUGGUUUAUAACUGACAUAGAAACCGACACCGAAACAAUAACACACACUUCUUCAAAUUUUUCUUCAACCCGAAUCACUCCAGGAUGUUUUUAUGUAGUUCAUUCAUGUGCAAAUUCUGUCAUCUACUGUAGUUUGUGCCGCAGCGUCCAAUUUAAAUCCCUUUUAAGAUUUUGUAACUUUUUUUUUUUUUUUUUUUCUUCAAACUUUUCUCCUCAGGUAUGAAACAGAUUGUAGGCCGAACCGAAUGUAUCGCGUAUGUAAACUUUAAGCCGACAAAUCUAACAGCUUAUGGUUCUGUAAACGCAAGCUGCCAGUACGGAUGGGAGUAAAAAGGAUCGACGAUCCUUCAUCCUUCAUCUCUAACAGUGGAUUAUAACCCGAGCGAAAGCACACAAGUCGACGUAUUUAGGUGUUUCGACCAAUAGAGUCCCUAUUUUAGUAGCCUGAGUCAUCCAGUGUUGCCUUGAGAACUAUAAUGAGGAAGGAAAGUUGUAUAUUAAUUUAUCGUCCUCUUAAAAUCAGAGUUUUUUUUUUUUUUUUUUUUUUUUUUUUUUUUUUUUUUUGCCUUUGAUCGCAUGACGGAAAGUUUCUGCCUGUUAAGAUUUUAAAGGGUAAUAUCACAACUCCAAAAACAACAAACUUUGAAAUGACUUUGAGACUUGAAAUGAUUUUUAACUAACUUUUAGUGACAUGAUUAUCCACAUGGUUUAAAUCAAGAAUCAUUUUUUUUUUUUUAUUAUUAUUUUUUUU